GGUUAGAGUCUACGUGGUGAGGAGUGGAAUCAUUCUGAUUGUGCACCUAUCACCAUGGUUGAGACCCGUACUGGGCUAGAGACUAUAGCAAGGAGCAGCAAGAAAAGAUGGUCGCCUUAGUCAGAGAGAACAGGGAGAGAAAAGAACGCGAGAAGCAGGCGAAGCUAAAGGCUAUCGCAGACGAGCAGGCGGCGAAGAUGAAGAGGUUGGAGGAGGAGAUGAAGAGGGUACAACAAGAGGAGGAAGAAAGAAGGAUCUCCUUCGACUGCCACCUCGGCUAUGGCACAUCAGGCCCUGCCUACGACGGCGCGCAUGGAAUAGCGGGUACCAGCUCCGAUACCAAUGGGGAAGGGAGCAGUGGUGGCACGAUGAAGUGGGAGACAGAUACUGAGCUGGAGAAGAAGAUCAGCGAGUGGGUCGCUAAUUUAUCGUUGGGGGAAGACGAGGAGGCGGAGUCCUAUGUGACUAAGGAUGAGAAGGCUGCACGGCUAGCAGCCAUGACAGACAAAAUGGAACGAAGAGAGAGAGAAGACGAGCAAAAGUUAGCAUGGAAGUUGAGAAUGAAGAGGGAGAAGAAGAGGAGAAGAGAGGAAGUGAAUAAGAUGACCGCAGCAGUGGCAAAGGUGCAAGAGUGUAGAGCGGAGGUGCUGGCCCAGCCAAAUGAUAAGGCAAAGUGGGACAAAGUAUUGGGGUACCUGGAGGUGUUGAGCAAGGCCUAGAUGGAUGGAAGAGCGUCAGGCCAGCUGGAGCCAAGAUGUAGCGUUGAGUGCCAUGGGGUCCGGGUUCAGGGAUUUUGCGCGCGAAA